AUGCCCCCUCGGACCAAACAAACCUGCAAGAAGUCGACUGGUGGUGUGGCGCCUCGUGUCACCCUUAACCUACCUGGUGCCGUUUCGACCAUUUCAAGGGUAGAAGUGGGGACUGUGAGGAUUGAGGAGGAGGAGAGAAGGGACCACAACAAUUUCUGUCUUGUUUGUCGCGACGGAGCAGUGGACGACUACCACUUGUUCAUGUGCGACUUGUGUCCACGCACUAUGUGCUCCAACUGCUUGCAGAUCACGCCACGUCACCAGGACGUUAUUUCUGGAGUCGGUGUCACAUUUGUCUGCAUUUCCUGCCAUGUCCUAGUGCAACAUCAUGGCUGCGGCUCCCAGAAUCCUUACUUCGGAUUUUACCGCGAUGGGAAGCCCGUUUUCGACACAUUCCUUCAGAUCCAUGGGGCACUUGAGUUGUCCCACCAAGCACAGGUUUCGUCCGAAACCGUGCUAUUCAUCCAUCUUAACCUCAUCGACAAUGACACGACGGGCGGCCCUUUCAAACUCUCGCACGAUUUUCUCCUGCCUUACUUUCCUGACGGCGGAAUCGUUUUUCGUGAGGUCAUCUUUGACGUCGGCUCUGAUUCGAAGAUCGUCAAGUUUCAUUCUAUGGUCAACAAACUCGUCCUCAACCUCUUGGCUUUCCCUGGCGGUUUGAAACGCAUUAUCUUUGGGGUCUCCGACCAUACCGACAAUGACUUCGGCGACCCCUUUGUAGGCUACAAGGGCAAGAAGAAAACUUAUAUUUCGACUCCAGUCAAUACUUUUUUGGACAUCGUGCUUGGUCCUUUCAAGGAUCUCAUCAACCUUGCUGUUGAAUCGUACCUAUGGUUGUUCUGUUGCGGCGCUAUUGUCAACAACUCCGAGAGCUUCGAAAACUUGAAGACCUCAGUACUCCAACAUCAACUUUCCGCUUCUGUAGCCUUCAAUGCAAAUUCCGACUCAUUGAACGUCAUCAAAUUCACAUGGACCCAUGCUGUGUUUCGCCCUUGGGGGCAGUACCUCCCUGUCCAAUGCCCAAAGUAUUGGACCAGUAGCUUCAGAGCUAUCCUAGUCAGUUAUCAAUCCAAGUUCUUGGCUGCCAAUUCAAAGUCAGAGCGGUCUCGUGUGAUCAAGAAAAUUCGAAAGGCCAUAGUUGUAGCUCACAAGGAACAAGGCGAACAAGUGCCUUUGCCAAGUUCUUUGAAGAAGGCAAUCAAAAAAUACUACGGACGCAAAAAUGACGAAGAAGAAUCUGAUGAGGAAGGAGCUGCAAAGGCAAGGGAGAUUAGUGCCCGUCCAAAGGAAGCAUCUUUCUAUAAGAAAAUGCUGACCGACUGGGACGUGGCUCAGAGAUUGUUUAAACAAGAAAUGGAUGAAUUUGACAAGGCAGAGCAGGCGAGAAAAGGUGUGAAGGAUCCCAUCAAGUUUCGUACUCGUCAUGCGCGAGAAUGGUUCAACCAAAUGUCAUUGACACAGAAGAAAGAAGUUGAUUAUGCACGAGAGAAGUGGAACACAGAGGGGGCACCAGAAGAAAGCCAGGUUAUACAUGAAUCUCAGCCUAGGAAUGUCAAAAAAAGUUUCUCCGUCAGCUCAGACGGUAUAAAAGAGUGGACUUCAACUGGGUUCGAGUUCUUUGCUGAGUGGGCGAAGGGCGAAUUUUACCCAACAGCUGAUCAAGACGACAAGGAAGAGGAGGAACAUGGACUACCUGAACUCAUUUUGGACGAUGAAGGCUAUGCCCAACUUCCUUCUCGUGAUGGUAUCAGACUUAAGGGUCAACAAGAGCUUAAGUUUUCACUGGCACUAUAUUUGGCGGCUAGUUCUGUUCCAGAUAAUCUUCUCAUCUGUGACCCCUCUCACAUGAGAUCGAAGGAUAUCAAUGUCAUCUGGAAGUAUUGGGAGAGUCGGAGCGUGGCGAAAAAGAGGCUUGUCUCUUUUAUCAAGGCAAGACCAAUGGACAUGAGACGUAGUAAAAGGGACAAAGCAAGUUCCAGGAAGGUGAAACCAUAUGACGAAGUUACCUCUGAAGAAGAACAGCAUAGUCUGGCUGGACUGGGUGCUACUUUAGCUGUAGUAUCGCCAGCUGAGGUUCCACUUGACCGCCGCUUUGAAUUUUUAGAUGGGCUCAGCACUGAUAGCUCUUACCUGGAGCUCGUAGAUGCAGUCAAGGAUCUGGCUAAAAUGACGGAAAAUAUUUCAACACCAAACGAGGAGCUUGAGUUACCUCCAUGGGUUGAUUGGUGUUGCGGAGAGUCUUACCUUCCAGAGUAUUUGCAUGGGUCACAGGACAUGGUGAUGGCCAGCUUGGAGUAUGAAGAAGACGAGGCCCCACCUGGUACCCCCAUCUACUUGGCCAGUUCAAUCAUGGACCUCCAAUGUAUGAUUAAGGUGGACAACGCAAUCCGUCAUACCUUAUGCGCCAUUGUAGGCCUCAUUGAGUUGGCGAUGAAGGCUACAUCAGGUGACUUUGAUGAGGGUGAUCAGGAGGAGAUGAAGGGAGUUGAUGGUGAGAACGUGGACAAGGAUGAGGACAAGGAAGAGGACAAGGACGAGGAUGAGGAUAAGGACAAGGAUGAGGAUGAGGAAGAGGAUGAGGAAGAGGAUGAGGACAUGGAAGAGGACAAGGACCAGGACGAGGAAGAUGAGCAGGAGGAGGUGACAGGAGAUUUGGAUGUGCAGAUGCAGGAGGUGGAGAAGGACAACGAGCAGGAACAGGAGGCAGGCAAAUCCAAAGGGAAGAAAAGGGUGAGAAACCAGACUUCCUCAGUGAAGACUAAGAAGGCCAGGAUUGAAGAUGAACCUAUUCGUCAGUCAACCAGAUCUAGGCAACCAUCUAGGAAGAAUAUUCUUUAG